CUGCAAGAUGAUGACUGCGAGUAGAGUAAGAAGAAAAAUGCCACCUGGGUUGGUGAAUAUCCGCGAGUGUGACAAGGAGAACUUGAAAUCCUGUGGGCUCCAGUUAAUUUCUCAUGUCAUGAAAGAAUUUAAAAAAGAGCAAAACAAACUAAGAGCUCAUGUGAAUGAGAUUCUCCACAGCAUCUUCUUUUUAGGGACCAUUCAUAAGGACAGUCUCACUCCCGAAGACAUUAUACCUGAAAAGAUUGCUGAGAUUAGACAGGAAUUUCCAGAACCAUUUAAGAAAUACAAGAGUCAUCUACCUAAGCGGACACCUUUCUCAAUACUGUUAGACAUAAUGCAGCUUACAUAUGACACAAAAGACAAAGUACUGAAGGAGCUUUGCAUUCUCAUGGACAAGCUGAAAUUCCCUUAUCCUCUGGACAGACCAGCAAACAAAAACCAGCGCUACUACACACUGGAGUCCACCGUCAUUUGCGUGUGCUCGAAUAGCCAACGCACAUCAGAUGAAUAUUUUGGUGCUUCUCUGGGUUGCAGGACAGGAGAGGCCAAAAGAAUUAUGAUAUAUUCAUCGUGUAUAAAUACAUGGCACGAGCAUGUGUCAUAUGCAGUAAUGUCAUUCAAACAUCAGCCAGAGGGUGACAGCUUGCAAUUUCAUGAGUCUCUGCGAUGCCAGGCAUACUUCAGGGAUUGGAAAGACAACACUUACAAGAAAAGACAGCCAUGCAUGAACUGUAAACGGCUUUUCAGUCUGUCAGCAGGUACAGAACAGGAAGAUUAUCCUUAUGGCAAUUGUGCAGAGACCGAGUGCUUGAGCAAACUCCUGUUCAAUGAUCAGUUCAUGCGAGAGAAUAUCAAAAUCAGUCAUUUUACUCCUGACAAAAUGAAAAUGUUAAAAGACUGUACCAGGGAACACUUGCGAAAACUGCUUGCUUCGAUACCUUCUCUCAGCAAUAUGAAUAACGAUGACCUUCCAUGUUUUUAACCCGCUCUCUUAAAUAUUAAGUCACCAGCUAGAGCAAAAAGGGUUUCACAGACUGAUUCCAUCUUUUCCACAAAUAACUUUUUAUUGUCUAGCUCUAAAGCCCUAUAUAACAACUCAAGUCCCACAUAGUGAAAAAGGUUUGUAUGUGGAUUUGUUGCUGAUCCUCUACCUACAAAAACUUUUUUUGGUCACACUUUACAAUAAGGUCUCAUUUGUUACCAUUAGUUAAACCAGUGCUCAAAGUGGGCCGGUGUUCCGGUGAAUUCAGUUCCCGUUUCCCCUUCGGCGCGCAUGUGUGAAAUCACGACCACAUCAGAAACACCCACUUUUGCUAUGCAGAGACCUCGUGUUGCCAGACGUACAAUAAUUAUCGUAUCUGUACGAUAAUUUUGACCUCUGUACGAUGUACAAUCAACAAUG